GUUUCCGCUUCCGGCGGAAGCGCGGGCUGUUGUUAGGCGCCGCGGUUACCGGGGGAGGCCUAGCGCGCCAUGGCGGGCAACAGUCGCUUGGAGAAGCUGGGCACCCUGUUUAGCCGCGUGACGAACCUGAUACGCAUUGGGUUGCCGAAGAAGCCUCCCCUCUGGUAUGACGUGUAUGCCGCCUUCCCGCCGCUCCGCGAGCCGCUGUAUCGCGCCCCCCCGCGCUACUACCGCGAAGUCAAGGACGUGGUGCCAAAUAUCCUGUAUCCGGAGGACGCUGUCCGAGCGAAAUUUUAUGAAGUUUAUCAGAGUGGUCCGAGACCCUUUCAGCUCCUCCAACCAAACUUUAAAUCCACUUGCCAGAGGUUUGUGGAGGAAUUCGAUAAAUUGAAGAAAAAAGGACAAAUUAAGGAGGAAAAUCUGUUUGAGGAAACGGGAAGGUUGCUUUUAACACAGGGGAUCAUUUUGCGGAGAAGAACAGCUGUGAAUGUAACACUAAAGGCUGGUAAGCCUGCUGAAACAGCAUUCAGAAUGACGCUGCCAGACACAUUGAAGAUGCUUCGGAAACGGAAGCAAGUUCAUGAAGAGCAGCAGCUUGAAUCCGCAGAAGGGAAGAAGGAAAAUCCUUUAUCAUCCUAGCAAUUUUGUUUCUCAGCUCAGUUGCACUGGGACAUAAUGUAACAACAUGUUACCCACCCAUGGUCUGGUUGAACAAUGAUGGUCCACAUGAACCAUCCGACUGUAAGAUGCUUAUGUGAAUGAAGCAUAGUUCAGUUGUUGAAUUGUGUUGCCUUGCAUGAACCUGUGUGAGAUGCUAACUUCAGCAUUGAUUCCCUACCCCACCCUCCGCCUUUAAAAUGGAGUUUGUCCUCAAAAGUUCAGGGCUUUCUUGUAUCUUGAAGUGGAAAAUGUGUUGGAGUUUACAGUGGAUUAGACUAUUAAAUUUUGGAUUAUUUUCACUCUUUAGGAGUAUUGCUUUUUUGUUUGUAUAGGGGUAACUUUCUUUCUCACACUGGGCAGACUGGAUGGCUCUGCGACUCAUGGUUGAAUUUCCCUUUCUUUCUUUGUAUGUAUUGAAGUGGUGUAUGGUGUACUGUCUCACAUGUCCUAAAACUUGUAUAAAAUGAUUUCAAACCA